GCUGGUUGUGUAGUCCAGGAGCAGCCGUGCGCGGGCAAGAACGAAAACCUCGGCGGCGAGCGAGGAUGGCGGCGCCCAAUCUCAAGGCAGAGACGAUUUCUCUCAUGGACAUGAGAGCGUCCAUGGAGGCCGAGAUGGACGCCAUCAUCGAGUCCCUCUGCGGCCCUUCCGGCCCUGGUCUAUCCGGCAACCUCGUUGACUCCGAGGGAUUCCCGAGGACAGACAUCGACCUUUCGGCUGUACGAUCGCAACGCCGCCGGCUGGCUGAGCUUCAAAAUGACUACAAGGAUAUCACAGGACAAAUUGAGAAAAACCUGCAGGUGCUGCACUCACUAAAUAAAGUCACUCCACUGCCACCGUUGAGUUCAGACCAAACUUCUUAUGGAAAUUUACCUCAAGGAUCUCCUAUGAUAGAGGAUCCUGUACUCCGGGUACCUUUUGCUAUUAUUGAUGAAAUUGCAGAUGACUCGCCAUCUGCAGAAGAUGGCUUACAACUUGGCGACGAGAUUGUGAAAUUUGGGAAUGUCCAGAUGGGUGAUGAAUUACAAGCAAGGCUUUUGGCAGAAGCACAAUCGAAUCAUGGCAAUCCAAUACAUAUGGAAAUAGUUAGGCAGGGUGUACUGAUGCAUGCUACUGUGACACCUAGAGCAUGGCGAGGUCGUGGACUUCUGGGUUGCCAUUUUCGCCUCCUGUGAUGCUGACGUCAACAUAACUGAUUGGGGGAAUCUUUGUGGACACAUUUCCCUAAUAUUCUGAUGUAUUGCAACAUAUGAGAUAUUUCAGAUCCGCUGUCACUUGCUUACUGUUGUCAACUUGAGUACUUCUGUAGUUGAAGUAUCAUAGAUAGUUAUUUGUCACUUUCUCAAAUUCUUCAAGAUUGCUGAAGUCCCCUUUGUAUCAAAUCUUCUUGCUUCAAUUUUUUGCAAUCAUCGUUUGUUCAGCUUUA